UAUGCAGGCGGGUCCACUGAUCCCGGGUUCGAGGCCCCGGCUCAGUACUCGGGUGGGACAGCUAGGUUUGUACUCUUGGCCUCAGUCCUGCUCAGGACGCAGGCACCUCAGUUUUCAUUUCGAGGUUGGUGAGAGAUCUCGGUGUCUCGGCACGCAGUAAGAACCUCCAUGAGCCUCGGUUUCCCCAUCUGUGAAAAGUGGGUCAUCUCAGAACCAAUCUGAUUUAGGAGAUGGCUGAUGAGGAAAGCGCCUGGCAUACGGCUCUUGGGACCAUGGGCCUCAGGCCCUGAGGACAGGAGGCUCCUUGUGGCCAUGAGGACAGGUGAUUGCUGCCACCUCCCCGGCUCCCUUUGCGACUGCUCUGGCAGCCCUGCCUUCUCCAAGGUUGUGGAGGCCACAGGCCUUGGACCACCCCAGUAUGUGGCACAGGUGACCUCAAGGGAUGGCCGGCUGCUUUCAACUGUCAUCCGGGCUUUGGACACACCGAGUGACUGUCCCUUCUGCCGAAUCUGCCAUGAGGGAGCGAAUGGGGAGAACUUGCUGUCCCCGUGUGGCUGCACCGGCACGCUAGGAGCUGUGCACAAGAGCUGCCUGGAGAAAUGGCUGUCUUCCUCCAAUACCAGCUACUGCGAGCUGUGCCACACGGAGUUUGCAGUUGAAAAGCGACCCCGCCCUCUCACAGAGUGGCUGAAGGACCCGGGGCCUCGCACUGAGAAGCGGACGCUGUGCUGUGACAUGGUGUGCUUCGUGUUCAUCACACCGCUGGCCGCCAUCUCAGGCUGGCUGUGCCUUCGAGGGGCCCAGGACCACCUCCGUCUGCAUAGCCGGCUGGAGGCUGUGGGGCUCAUCGCCCUCACCAUCGCUCUCUUCACCAUCUAUGUGCUCUGGACACUGGACCGCCCCUGCAGGUCUCUUUCCGAUACCAUUGCCAGCUGUACUCAGAAUGGAGGAAGACCAAUCAGAAAGUCCGCCUGAAGAUUCGGGAAGCAGAUGGCUCCGAGGACCCCCACCACUCCUUGCUGGCUACUGGACUCUUAAAAAAGGUGGCAGAGGAGACCCCUGUGUGAAGACCAGACUGGCAGAGCCCUGAGGUAGUGGGGAAACCAGAGGCAGAUGACAAUGCCUUGCUUUGGAAGGAUGGAAGCUGCCUGACCUUUCAUGCACAGCCACAAUGCUUCUCAGGCAAAGGGCCACAGCAAUCCCUGCCCUGUGCUCCUGGGUGAACAUGUUUUCAAGGGUUUUAUUUUACACAUUAUUGUACAUGACAGGGACAGAUGGACAGACCUGAGCUUUGGAUGGAGCAGGCACCCUCAUCUCAUUCUGAGAUCGGUUUGACACUCCGUGGCUAGCAGCUUUGGCUGCUUGUGCUGAGGGCGCCCGUGGGCUGGAAGGUUCCAGCAAGCUUCUAGCACUGCUCUGCACCUGGCCGGCUUGCUCUCCUGGCACUCUUGACUUUAUAUAAAGUUGCACUGCAUUUCAAAAACCCACCCCUGAAUGAAUAAAAGGAGCCCUUGCUGGCUAACAUGGACUCAUCAGUUACAUUUCUAAACUGCUCCAAGUGAGUGGUUCUAUGAGGGCAGAGCAGAAAACACUUGGCUUGUUUGGAGGGAUCUGUUAUGAAGCUGUCUUGGUUUCUUUUCUUUCUUUCUUUUUUCUUUCCUUUUGUUUUUUGUUUUUUGAGACAGGAUUUCUCUGUGUAGCUUUGGAACCUGUUCUGGAACUCCCUCUGCAGACUAGACUGGCCUCCAACUUACAGAGAUCCGCCUGCCUCUGCCUUCCGAGUGCUGGGGUUAAAGGUGUACGCCACCACUGCCUGGCUUCAUUUCUUUUCUUAUUUCUAUGAUAAAGUACUUAGAUAAAAGCAACUAAGUGGGGGUGCAGAGAUGGCUCGGUGGUUAGGAACAAUGGCCAUUCUUGUUCAAUUCCCAGCACUCAUAUGGCUGCUUGCAGUUGUCCCUAACCCCAGUUCCAGGGGAUCCAGUGCCCUCUUUUGUCUUCCACGGACACUGCCCACAUGUGGUGUACAUAUGUACAUGCAGGCAAAAUACCCAUACACAUAAAAUUUUUAAAAAGGCAACUUAAGAGAGAAAGCAUUUAUUUUAGCUCACAGCUCCAGCUACAGUCCCUCAUGGUGGGGAAAUCAAGGCACAGUUGAGUCUUUCUGCAUCAAUCAGUACAAUCAAGGGGCCCGGAGGUGGUGGUGCACGCCUUUAAUCCCAGUACUUGGGAGGCAGAGGCAGGCGGAUCUCUGUGAGUUCGAGACCAGCCUGGUCUACAAGAGCUAGUUCCAGGACAGGCUCCAAAACCACAGAGAAACCCUGUCUCGAGAAACCACAUAAAAAAUAAAGUGUGCUUCCCACAGUCAUGCCCAGAGGCUCAGCUCUCCAGGGACCCGUGAUUCUCUCAAGCUGACAGUUAAGCUAGCACGGAAGCCUAAGGAUGGAGUGAAAACAGUGUUAGAUCAAGAACAGGAUGCAGGGCCUGGGGACACAGCUCAGUGGUUAAAGCGCUUGCUACAUGAACACGAAGAAGACCAGACUUCCUAAAUAUAUAGAUUUGGGGUGUGUUUACGUGUGUGUCCCUGGUGAUGGUAGCCCAGCACCCAGGAGCUCUCAGAGCAAGCUGGCUAGCUGAACUAGCCAUAUGGGCAAAGCUCUGGGUUCAGCUGAGAGACCUUGCCUCAGUGGGUAAGGUGGAGAAGAUGAUGGAGACACCAGCAUUAACCUCUGGCCUGUGCAUGCGCAUGUGCACACAGGAGGAAAACAAAGAGCAGGACAAGGGGGAGGUGGGAAGAACCUCCUUCCAGUUUGCACAAGUGCGCUCACCCAUUGGGCCACCACACUGGUCUGCGCAGGAUUUAUGAUGAGUGAUCUUUUCAAAAUUUUAUUCUUUAUGAGUGUUUUGUUUUCCCCACACAUAUGACUACCAUGUUCAUGCAGUGCCCAAAGAAGCCAGAAGAGGGCAAGAUACUCCUAGGAACUGGAUGGAGUUCCAGAUGGUUGUGAGCUGACAUGUGAGUGCCAGGAACAAAACCUCUGUCUUCUACAAGAGCAGUGAGCACUCUUAACUACUGAGCCAUCUCUCCUGCUCCAAUAAAUGGUUUUCUUUUUAAAUUUAUUUAUUUUUAUUUAAAAAAUAUUUAUUUAUUUAUUUAUUAUGUAUACAAUAUUCUGUCUAUGUGUAUGCCUGCAGGUCAGAAGAGGACACCAAACCUCAUUACAGAUGGUUGUGAGCCACCAUGUGGAUGCUGGGAAUUGAACUCAGGACCUUUGGAAGAGCAUGCGGUGCUCUUAACCUCUGAGCCAUCUCUCCAGCCCUUAAAUUUAUGUUUUAAAUGAUUUUUAAAAAAAUAUUUUAGUUGGUGAUGUAGUUCAGUGAUUGAAUACUUGAAUAGCUCUGGGUUUGAGUUCCAAGAUCAUUACAUAAAUAUAGUUUUUAAUAUACUUCAGUAAUGCAUACACACUUUGAGACAGGGUCUGUGGGUAGCUCUGACUGGCCUGGAAAUCAAAAACAUCCUCUUACCUCUGUCUUCUGAGUGUUGGCAUUACUAAAGGCAUAUAACACCAUUCUUGGCAAUAUGUUUGUAUAUACACACAUACAUAUGUGUGUACAUAUAUAUACACACACAUAUAUGUAUGUAUAUAUAUAAUUUUAUUUUAUUGAGACAUGAUCUUACUAUGCACUGAGAUCUCACUGGCAAUAUAUAUAUGUAUAUACACAUACGUAUAAAAUAAUUAUACUAUUUA